AUGGCCAACCUGCUCAACCGCCUGAUGCGCCCCUUCACCACCAGCACCCUCCACUUCGCCCCCGAGACCCCCUCCGCCCCCAUGUCCCUCCCCGAAGGCGCCCAGCGCGCCACCAUCGCCGCCGGCUGCUUCUGGGGCGUCGAGCACAUGUACCGCCACGACUUCGGCGCCUCCGACAAGGGCCUCCUCGACGCCCGCGUGGGCUACAUCGGCGGCGACACCAAAGACCCCUCCUAUCGCGCCGUCUGCUCCGGCCGGACGGGCCACGCGGAGGCCUGCCAACUCAUCUACGACCCGCAGAAAGUCUCGUACCGGACUCUGCUGGAAUACUUCUACAAGAUGCACGAUCCCACCACGAGUAAUCGCCAAGGUCCCGAUGUGGGGUCGCAAUACCGGAGUGGGAUUUUCUAUCACGAUGAGGAGCAGAAGAAAGUCGCGGAGGAGGUGACGAGGAAGGCGAAUGAGCAGUGGUGGAAGGGUGGGAUUGUGACGGAGAUCCUGCCCGCGGGGGAAUGGUGGGAUGCGGAGAAGUAUCAUCAGUUAUACCUGCAGAAUAACCCCGGUGGAUAUGAGUGUCCGAGCCAGUAAGUCACACCCCGUUGAGGAGGCGAUGGGCUGUUGCUAACCAGGCGAGCAGUUUCUUGAGGAAGUUUCCGGAUCUGCAGUAG